CAAACCUGACCCCAAAGCCAAGCAGAUCUCUGUGGGCCGCAAGAAAUUUAAUAUGGAUCCCAAAAAGGGCAUUGAGUACCUGAUGGAGCAUGGGCUGCUGGAGAACACAGCCCAGGAUGUGGCCAUGUUUCUCUACCAGGGCGAGGGCUUGAACAAGACAGCCAUUGGAGACUAUCUCGGGGAGAGGAGUGUCUUCUGCAUGUCAGUCCUCAGAGCUUUUGUCAACCUGCACGAGUUCAAAGACAUGAUUCUUGUACAAGCCUUGAGACAGUUUCUGUGGAGCUUCCGUUUGCCCGGUGAGGCCCAGAAGAUUGACAGAAUGAUGGAAUGUUUCGCCGAGCGUUACUGUGCUGUCAACCCAGGAGUGUUUGUGAACACAGACACAUGUUAUGUUCUAUCCUUUGCCAUCAUCAUGCUGAACACAAGCCUGCACAAUCCCAGUGUCAAGGACAAACCACUUGUGGAUCGGUUUAUACAGAUGAACAGGGGAAUUAACGACGGGGGAAAUUUGCCCGAAGAACUGUUGAUAAACUUGUAUGAGAGCAUCAAAAAAGAGCCUUUCAAGAUCCCAGAAGAUGAUGGUAAUGAUCUGAUGCACACUUUUUUUAACCCGGUCAAGGAAGGCUGGCUUAUGAAGCAAGGUGGCAGAGUAAAAAACUGGAAGCGCCGGUGGUUCAUCCUCAAUGACAACUGUCUGUACUACUUCAAGUACACAACAGACAAAGAGCCAAAGGGAAUCAUUCCUUUAGAGAACAUUCAGGUCCGAGAAGUUCCUUUGGAGAAAUCUCGACCCAACAGCUUUGAACUGUUCUGUUCAGGAAAUUCUGAGGUCAUCAAAGCUUGUAAAGUGGACUCUGAUGGCAGAGUGAUUGAAGGUCGGCACAGUGUCUACAGGAUGGCGGCCAGUUCUGUCAGUGAGAAAGAUGAUUGGAUAAACUGCAUCAGGGCCAGUAUCAAUGACAACCCAUUCUAUGACAUGCUGACAGCCAGAAGAAACAAUGCCACCGGCUCUGGAAACCGUGCCAGAUAG